UCUUAAGCCCUGCGGGUGGCUUGCCAGGGUUGCAUUGACACCGUGCGCUGCAGCCCACCCCUAUCUCGGGCUCCCUGCUGCUCCAAGAUCAGCGCCGAGGGGGCGGCACCAUGGCCAUGAGCAUUUUGCAGGACUGGUGCCGGAGCCUGGACGUGGACGCGCACAGAGCCCUGCUGGUCACCGGCAUCCCGGAGGGCCUGGAGCAGGCGGAUGUUGAAGCCGUCCUGCAGCCGACCCUCCUGCCCCUGGGCACGUUCAGGUUGCGACACAUGAAGGGCUUGAUGAACGAGAAGGCCCAGGCCGCCCUGGUGGAGUUUGUGGAGGACGUCAAUCACGCUACCAUCCCCACAGAGAUCCUGGCCAAGGAUGGGAUCUGGAGGGUUCUGUGGAAAGACCGUGCGCAGGACAUGACGGUCCUGAGGCAGAUGAGAUGCCUGAUGCUGGAUGACGGGCCCACGCAGGCUGCGGUUGCUGGGACCCUUGGGGAGGCGCCCACCCCUCCCACUUCGGAGGCCGAGGCCCAGCCGUUGGGACAGUCAUCGGGAAGGCCAGUCCCCCUCCUGGGGCUACAAGCAAUAGUAGGAAGAAGAGUAGGGGGUCACAGAAGUCAAGCCAGAAGCUAAAAAAGGGUCCGAGGGAUGUGUCCAUCUCCCUUGGCAAAGAAGGAAUCCAAGGAAGUGUCCCAGGAGAGCUUGGACAUCAAGAUCAAGGAGGCAGAUGAGGGGGCUUGAGCAGAGAGGACAAUGACAGCGGGCUAUACACAGCGCUCCAGGCAGCAGCCAGGGAGCAAGUUCACAAGAAGUGGACCGUCGGAAGCCACAAAGACGAGGCAGGUGGUCCCAUGGAGUUCUUGCCCCUGGUGACCAGACCAGGACAGACAAAGCCAAACAGGAGAUGAUGGAAGAAGGUCCUCUGAUUUGAUGCACUUGACCGUCAAAGAAGGCAGGAGCAGUGACUCUCACAUGGUGGCUCUUCUG